AUGGAAGUGAUGAGGAACUCGAUGUUGCAAGCCGACUCUGUCGGCCUAGCGGCGCUCUCUGCCGGCCUCGCGAGGUACCUGGCCGAGGAGAACGCUGGCAGCAACCUGAUCCUCCGCAUCGUCGGCGCCCGAUCACGAGUCGAGCUCGAGGAGAUUGUCACGCGUAUGACGACGGGCGCACUCGAGGACCAAUCCGACUCCGGCGGUCCGCGUGUCGCGUUCGCGAGCGGCAUCUGGAGCGACCUGACGCAGCCGCUGAAACCAGCCUUCCGCGAGGCCGUCGUCGGCAAGUACAAGGCCGAGGCCAGUACCGUGGACUUCAUCAACGACGCGGAGGCAGCACGAGGCCAGAUCAACGAGUGGAUCGCGCAGGCCACGAGCAAUCUGAUCGGCUCCAUCUUUGGUCCGGGAUCAAUCACGCUGCUCACCCGCGUCGUGCUUUGCAAUGCCAUGUACUUCAAGGGCAAGUGGGUAGAGCCCUUCGACAAGAAGGACACCCGGAACAAGCUUUUCCACCAGCUGGACGGCCGCACCGUUGAAGUGCCCUUCAUGCAAAGUUGGGACCCCCAAUUCAUGGCCGUGCACAAGGGGUUCAAGGUGCUCAAACUAAGGUACCAGAUGGCACAAUCGCAAGGUAAUCCGUCGGCUACAUUACGCGCGCGUUCAUCAUUUAACUCUGUGUCCUCUGAUCGUAACAAGCGUAUCAAGGUGUCCUUUAUGCGCACACAGUUCUCUAUGUGCAUCUUCCUUCCAGAUGCCCACGAUGGCUUGCCGAACCUGGCUGGCAUGAUAUCGUCAAGGCCUGGCUUCCUGCACGAGCACAUGCCAAAGACGAUGAUCCGCAGGAACAAGAUCCAGGUGCCCAAGUUCAAGCUGUCCUUUGAAAGCAGCAUUGUCACCAUUCUAAAGAAGCUUGGGCUUCAAUUGUCCUUCGGUGAUCAAGCCGACUUCUCGCACAUGGUAGAGCAUACUGAAUCUGGCUUACCAAUGGUCCUGAGCGAUGUCAUCCACAAAGCGGUCAUCGAGGUAACCGAGGAAGGCACCAAAGCUGUGGCUUUCACCAUGAUGAGAAUAUUUGAGGGAUCUUCGCAGACACCGUCUCGUCAACCUCCUCGUGUCGAUUUUGUAGCCGAUCAUCCGUUUGCGUACUUCAUAGUGGAGGAGGCGACCGGUGCAGUUGUCUUUGCGGGGCACGUCCUCGACCCAUCUAGGGAGAACUAG